AUUCAAGUCUAGCUGAUGAUCUCUUUGUUCAUCUUUACAAUCACAUGUCGUUUGCUACUCCUUCUGAAUUGUGUUUUAAAAUAACAAAUCGGUUUCAUAGUAAGAAGAGUUUGAAAUGGAUGCAUUUUCGAUUCUGUUUCGUGGCCUUCUUCCAUGAAAGCAAUCAUGUUAAUGAAAUCUGACACGAAGCCCUAUCGCCAAUGGUUUCUUCUUUUAAGUUUCUCACAAUUAGUUACCAGUAGCCACAACGCGCAAUGUCAGGUCCAGCAGAUUCCCCAAGCAAGAAAAUCCGGCAAAUUGCGUGCGUUCUUAAACUCCCAGAUCACACAAAGAGGAAGAGAAGGCAAUCUUGAUGAAGCCUGCUCGAUCUUCGACACCAUGCCCUUCCGUGACGUUGUUUCCUGGACUGCCAUGCUGACGGCCUAUGCUGAUAAUGGCGAGAUAUCUAAGGCACGCGAGAUGUUCGAACAAAUGCCCAGGAGAAAUGCUGCUUCGUGGAACGCCAUGAUCUCCGCCUAUGCAAGGGAUCCAAAGUUUCUUUUGGAGUCUUAUGAGUUAUUUUCUGCAAUGCCUAAAAAAAACAGCGUGUCCUAUGCUGCAAUGAUUACCGGUUUUGCCAGGGGAGGAAUGCUUUUGCAGGCCGAAAAAGUAUACAGGAGGAUGCCGCCUGGUUUACGUGAACCGAUUGGUUCGAAUGCUUUGAUUAAUGCGUAUUUGAGAGUUGGUGAAAUUGAAAAGGCUGAUCGAGUUUUCCAGGGUAUGUUUUUCAGGGAUGUUUUUACUUGGAGCUCCAUGGUUGAUGGAUACUGCAAGAAUGGGAUGGUUUUGGAAGCAAGGCAGGCUUUUGAAGCGAUGCCAGUGAAAAAUGUGAUUUCUUGGACUGCAAUGAUACAAGGUCAUGCCAAACUUGGAGAUUUAGAAGAAAGUUUGUGUCUUUUCUCACAAAUGAGAAAGGAAAAUAUGAAUCCCAAUUCGACCACGCUUUCAAUCAUGCUUGAUGCUUGCACUAAAUUUGGCAGAAUAAGAGGAGGGACUCAGAUUCAUGGUCUGGCGAUUGUAAUGGGUUUUGAGCAUGAUAUAUUUUUAGACAAUACUCUGAUUUUCAUGUACUUUAGGGCUGAUAACAUAGAUGAUGCCAGGAAAGUGUUUGAUUACAUGAGCAGAAGAGAUGUGGUUUCAUGGAAUUCUUUAAUUACAGGAUAUGUAGAACAGGAUAAAAUUGAAGAGGCCCAUGCUCUCUUUGAUUCUAUGCCACAUAAGGAUGUUGUUUCUUGGACUUCCAUGGUGACGGGUUUCUCGAGAAGAGGGUGGACGGAGGAAUCGAUCAGUUUAUUCGAAUCAAUGCCUGAAAAAGAUGAUUUUGGUUGGACCUCCAUAGUUUCCGGUCUUGUUCAUAAUGGAAAACAUGAAAUUGCAUGUCAGUGGUUUAACAAAAUGGCGAGAGAAGGGAUCAAACUCAAUCCUUUGGUGCUAAGCAGCAUUUUAAGAGCCUUGGCUAGUCUGGCAAUAUUGAAGGAAGGCAUGCAGAUCCAUGCCUGUGUUGUAAAAACAGCCUUAGAUUCGGAUAUAUUUAUUCUCAGCUCCUUAAUCUCCAUGUAUUCGAAAUGUGGAAAUCUCAGAGAAGCAUGCUGGAUUUUCUCAAGCAUCAGAAACUCAAACAUUGUAUGCAUUAACUCGAUGAUAACGGCAUUUGCGGAACAUGGUUUGGCACGGGAAGCAUUUGAUUUAUUUAGAAGGAUGAAGGGAGAUGGUCAUAUGCCCAAUGAAAUCACAUUCCUCGCAAUACUUGCAGCCUGUUCUCGCUCUGGUUUGGUUGAAGAAGGGAAUCAUUUCUUUGAUUCUAUGAAGUCGGUUUAUGGCAUUGAUCCAGGGCCUGAUCACUACACCUGCAUGGUUGAUCUGUUAGGCCGUGCCGGUCUUCUGAAAGAAGCUUUGAGUUUAAUCAACUCCAUUCCUUAUGGCCCCAAUUCAGCGGCAUGGGGAGCUAUGCUUGGUGCUACAGCGCAGCAUUCGAAUACCGAUCUGGCGAAGCUUGCAUUUCAUAAGCUUUUUGAGCUUGAACCAGAGAAUCCAACGCCUUAUGCUGUAUUGUCGAAAAUUUAUGGUGCAGAUGGGCUCAACGAGGAUGAGGAUGCGUCGAGGAAGGAAGAGUAUGGGAGAGGUGUUCAGAAAAAUCCUGGUUGUAGUUGGGUAGCAAUUAAUGGUAUAGAAAUCAAUGCUCCUUCUUAAUU